AUGCUGCCAGCACCCCUAGGAGGUCUAGAAGGCAGUUUCGCCUGCAGGUCUUUUCUACAGCAGGUUAGCAUAAUAAUAAGCAAUAACACUAGCACUUUUAACUUUUUUUUUAAUAUAAACAUAACGUUUACUAAAAGAAGAGAAGAAGAGAAGAAGGAGGAGAAGGAGGAGGAGGAGGAGGAGGAGGAGGAGGAGGAGGAGGAGGAGGGAGGCGGAGGCGGACAAGGAGGGUGGGAGGGAGGCAAAGGCGAGGGCGAGGGCAAGGGCAAUGCAACAGCAACUAAUAGCUUACAAGGAGCAGAAAAUGCGCCUACUGCAGGUCACCCUACAGCCUAA